AUGGCCGAAGAGGAUGCUCGCCGAAUUGGAGCGGAACAAGAUUACCAAUUGCGAGGUAACGUGACCCUUCCCCAGCUUCAAGAAACGGAACAAGACUUUUUUGAAUUGGUAGCAAACGGAACUGUAGCUGAAGUCGAACUUUAUCUGAACGUUCAUCCGGAUUUUAAAAUUAACGUUACCAACUACCAAGGUAUUACAGCUUUGCAUAUAGCCAUUGAAGAAAAGAACGCACCUAUGGUAAAAUUUUUACUUUCCCAACCUGAGAUUGAUCCAGGAGACGCUCAUCUCUAUGCCAUCAGAGAAAACGAGAUUAAGAUAGUCGGAAUGAUUUUGGACAAAUUAAACGAGAUAUCUCCAGGCUUGGAAUACGCCAGUGUAACACAUAGCUCUGAUUUUCCGGACGAGGCAACACCAUUAAUUAUAGCAGCACAAUACGGUCAUUACGAGAUCAUACAAUAUCUGAUCGAACAAAGACUUCACAAAAUUCAACGACCACAUCCACCCAAUUGCAAUUGUUUGAACGUUUGCAGACGAGAACGUGAAUUAUACGACAGUUUAACGGUGGAUCGAAAACGUAUGUUUCUCUAUCGAGCUAUAUCUAAUCCGGCCUAUAUCUGUUUGACCGAGGAAGAUCCAAUUCUCGCGUCUUUUAAUCUUUCGAUCGAGCUAAAAAUGGCUGCAUCCUACGACAGGGAGUUCUAUAACGAAUACAUCCAACUAUCCGAGGAAUUAUCAGAAUUCGCUAAGGAUCUGAUCGGAUGUGCUAGAAAAGCUCAGGAAGUGGAAAUUGUGUUGAAAAAAACAGCAGGUUUUUCUCGAUCUUCUAGAUUCGUUUAUCCUCGUCUAUUAUUGGCCCUUGAUUACAAGCAAAAAACUUUUGUCGCUCAUCCGAAUGUUCAAGAGAUGAUCGGUAAUAAAUGGGUGGACGACUGGUACGAAUGGAGAAUGAGAAAAACUUGGGUCCAAUGUUUGACCGUAUUAUUUAGAAUAAUUUUAUUACCAUUGAUAGCUUUGAUCAUUCUAAUCUUACCCAAUACAAAAAUAGCGAAAUUUUUAUCAAGCCCUGUUAAUAAAUUUCUUCAUUCUGUUGCAAGUUAUUUCAUUUUUCUUAUUAUCGUAUUUCUUAUUUCCAAUACCGAUAAAAAUACUCAAUUACGUGGACCACCUGAUACAGGAUACGAACCAAUUUUAGCCAUUUACGUGAUAUCAUAUUUAUGGUCGAUCAUUCGGCUUUGCAUAAUGCACGGUCCAAGAAGAUUCUUCAGGGCACCAUGGAACUGGUACGAGACAUGUAUGAUCUUCCUGUUCGUAUUGACGUUUAUCUGUUGGAUAGACGCAGCUAUAGACGUCAGGAUUAACGGACAACGCGAUUUAGAGAGAAAAUAUUGGCAUAAAUAUGAUCCAACAUUGAUCGGAGAAGGUAUUUUUUGUCUAGCGACGAUCAUGGCCUUCUUUCGAUUGAUGUUCCUUUGUCAGUUGAAUUAUCACCUUGGUCCACUUCAACUCUCACUUGGAAAGAUGAUACAUGACGUAGCUAAAUUCAUCGUCAUAUUUGCCAUAGUUCUUUUAGCAUUCACGUCUGGUUUGUGCAAAUUAUAUCAGUAUUAUGACGACAUGGUACAAAUAGAUAGAAGUAAUAUAAAGAUACAACAGGUCAGCUCGUUCGUUGAUUUUCCAUCCAGUUUGAAGACACUUUUUUGGGCGGUAUUUUGUAUGACACCUAUCGAGAGUGCUGACGUAAUUAUUGAAAAUUUACCAAGCGACAACGACACGGAAACUAUUAUAAACCAUCAUACGUUUACUGAAGUUAUUGGAUAUAUCGCUUUUGCAAGUUUUGAAUUCAUCUCUGUGGUGGUUGUUCUCAAUAUGUUGAUUGCCUGUAUGACCAAUACCUUCACCAAGGUCACAGAUAACGUCAUCGUCGAAUGGACCUUUGGUAGAACCGAGGUUUACGUCGACUUCAUGUUGAUGACCACCCUACCACCACCCUUCAACAUAAUUCCCACUUUCGAUGGCUUUCAAACGAUCGUCGAAUACGUGAAGGUACUCGUCAAGCCGCCAACCAAUAAACGAGCCCGCUGGGACUUCAUGCAGUGUUGCUAUAUCGAGACGAUAGAUAACGAAAAGGAUGAAACGUUUGCACAAGUUAUGAUGCAAUUGGUGCAACGUUAUUUUCGUAAGAAAACUAGAGAAAUUGAGAAGACGAAUAUCGAGAAACUUAGAAGAGAAUUGAUGGAAGUGAGAGGGCUUUUGCGUGAGGCACUUGAAGCAGCUUGA